CGGACCGCGAGCAACGGCACGGUUAGCGCCGUCGUCCGCGUCGCGACGCAUCCUCCCGACGAGAGGUUCCACCCCUUCGGUCGUAAUCGCCGACCUAUCCCACUGCACGAUCAGAGGAGAGAGAAAGAGAAAGAUCGGAGUAGAGAAUCACGUACGAAAUUUCCGAAGGCACGCCGCAUCUCGAGAUCCUGUUAUCCUGCCUCAUCUCUACGUCAGUGGAAGUUAGAAAAUAUCCGAGUCGAUCGCAGCACGGCGAUCCAUUACCGAGUGACGUCGAAGCGUCGGCCGCGAGAUCUAUCGGCCGCUUUUCAAGUGCGUAAUUAAUCGCGGAAUUAAUCAAAAGUGCCGAAUAAAUCGUGACGGAUUUUUCCAGCCGUGUUUGGUGACAGUGCCGGCUAGCAAUCGCGGACGCGAUUAUGAAACGCCGUCGCCGAUGCAAGUGAUUUAGUAAUAGUAAUAGAGAAAGAGAAAAGAGGCUACACCCCUGCGGAGCUGCCGAGAGAGAAAGAGAGAGAGAGAGAGAGAGAAAGAGUCCUGUCGCGCGCGAAAGACACCGGAAGAUGGAUCGCGUAUCAGAAAACACCCCGGGACACUGAUCCCCGACCGCAGGAAUAAAGAGAGAAACCGGAAAGGAUAUUUUCGCGCGCUCGAAUAGCGGAACACCUUCGUUUCUCACGGCUCUAAUUAAUCUUCGGGACGUAACGAGCGGCACUGCCUUUGGGAUCCUCGUAGCAGGAUGUCCCCCCGGAGGUAUCUCCUGUGAAACUCUCAGCUGCAAAUGGCACGAGUUGUAAGUAGCGCAAGAGCCGAUUCGUUGAACAAAACGCGAAUAAAAAAUUCGUCACUUUCGAAACGUCUUAAUUAAUAUGCAGAGCAUUUUUAUUAAACGAGUUUUUUCUUAAAUAUACUCGUUAGCGAUCAAAGUGCGUCGAAGCUCAAGGUCGACGCCGACGUAAAUUAAAGACCAUCGAUAUCGAUAACCUCCCUUAAGUGGUUUCAACCAGCAGCACUUUACAUUGGCGAGAAUUGUGGAAAGCGAUAUGUCUUCGAUUACCGAACGGCUUUAGAUCUCUCGAGCGUCGACGAAGAAGUCGAUAAGGGCGCUGUUCGAUAGGAAGGACCUCCAAUCCUUAGAGACUGGUGAAAAGCGACGACACAGAAGCGGGAGAAACCUCUGAAAAACCUGUCCCUGAUCAAACCAUCGAGGCAAAUCCUUGAGGUGACUCGGCGCUUCGAUAAUCAUCUUUGCAGCGGAUGGAAUCAAAGUGAGAAAAGUACAAUACGUACAUCUCGUGAAUGAUUAAAAAUAGUUCAAUCGAGAAAGUGCUCGUCAGGUAAUUGGUUUCUCAAUCCAUAAGAAUGAAUACCCGACAAGGAAUCAAACCGCAAACCUUCGAGCAACAAAGUGACGAACGGCGAAUUUAGAGUAUAAUUCGGAGUAACCGCGCUUCGGAAGACUAACUCCGAAAGUAAUCGAAAGAAUUUCGAGUUACGGUAGCAUUGAAUCGAUCAAAAUGCGCCGCGAUUUCAAAGAUCAACGAUUGCAUUAAAAGAAACGUUAAUUUUGCCGAAAAUAUUAAGUGGAACAAGUAACGGACGAGCGCAAAUAGGGGUAAUAUUCUGGCCGAAGAGACAAGAAAUCGGAAGAGGCGCAACCAGACGGAAUAAGAAGCACGGAGACAGCAGCUGCAUCGGACAGAGUCUAUGGCGAUGAGGGUGGAAGGUUAAUCUGGAAGGCUGGGUGGAACGAAGGGGAAAGGUGGGCUUGAAGUAGCUAUCGCGGCAGUGGAAAAAGUGGACCUUCGGGCUGGCUGAAUGUGAGAAAUUGGGGUGGGCUCGGAAACGUGCGAAGACGAAUGCGCCGAAGAUAAGAACCAGUUCUGAAGAGGCAAGCAAGCGCUGAUCCUUCAACUCUGUUAUCCCAGCGAGGGAGAAAAGAGAGACUUUCACGUGUGUGGUGAUAAAAUCGAGUGCGUGAUUCGAAAAAUCUCAUCAGUGAAAAAUAUUACCGGUACGCUCUCCUCUUGAUCCCCGAGAACUAAUAAGACUGUGAAGAAUCUAAGAUUUUUCGAAAAAAACCUCGAGAGACUGCGAUAAAUCGUGACUGUUAUCGCGACAAAGAAUUCAUCUUGGAACUAGAUGAAGAAUGAUCGCGUUAAAUAAUUUUUUCGAAAAAAUUAACUAGACACGCAAUCGGGACGAAGAAUCCUGUUACAUCCGGCCAUCCUGCAACCCGGUUGAAGGAAGUGCUGCGGGUGAGCCGGUGGGUUAACGGUGAUGGCAUGAAGACAUUAGUAAGGACGUGCUGCGGGUCCAGCGAGGAGGAGGAUGAGGAUGGUGGUGGGCGUGAUGGUCCUUGGUCAGCUACUGACGAGGAUUCUGCUCGCGGCCCACGCAGGGGAUCGCCUCGCAGCAGCUCGCAGAAUUCUCAGGGAUGUGCCAUUGAUAGAUGGACACAACGACCUACCCUGGAACAUACGAAAGUUUUUGAAGAACCAGCUGAGGGAGUUCAGGUUUGAUGACCUGAGGGACACUCAUCCUUGGUCACGAAGCGCCUGGAGCCACACAGAUCUCAAGAGAUUGAAGGAAGGCAUGGUUGCAGCGCAGUUUUGGUCUGCAUAUGUACCCUGCUCGUCACAGCAUCUUGACUCGGUGCAGUUGGCCUUGGAACAAAUAGACCUUAUUCGUCGAUUAGUUAACAAGCAUCAGGAAAAUAUGAUCCUGGUUACCACAGCAGAAGGUAUCGAGAAGGCGCACAAAGAGGGUAGAUUAGCGAGUCUGAUAGGGGUGGAGGGGGGCCACGCCGUCGGGGCGAGUCUGGCGGUCCUGAGGAUGCUGUACGAGCUCGGCGCCAGGUAUCUCACCCUCACGCACACGUGCAACACGCCUUGGGCAGACUGCAGCACGGCGGAUGAACCCGGUCAAGUGCCUCAAAUCGGUGGUCUCUCAAAUUUUGGCAAGAGUGUCGUGUUGGAGAUGAAUCGACUCGGGAUGAUGGUGGACCUGUCCCACGUCUCGGUGCCCACGAUGCUAGACGCCAUGAUGACAUCGAAAGCGCCGGUGAUUUUCAGCCACAGUAGCGCCCACGCUCUUUGCAAUUCCUCGCGAAAUGUGCCUGAUCACGCGUUGCAAGCUUUAACGAAGACCGGUGGUAUAGUUAUGGUAUCCUUCUACCCCCAUUUUAUCAGCUGUGGCGAAAAAUCGACGCUCGAGGAUGUAGCAGCACACAUCAAUCACGUGCGGAAGAUCGCCGGCGUGGAUCAUGUCGGCAUCGGAGCUGGAUACGACGGGAUCAAUUUGACACCAACGGGUCUGGAGGAUGUCAGCAAGUAUCCAGAGCUCUUUGCGGAAUUGCUUGCGCGUGGCUGGUCGGAGAGAGACAUUCAGAAACUGGCUGGUCUGAAUCUUAUACGGGUGUUCAAGGCGGUGGAAAAGAUUCGCGACGAGCUGGCCUUGAAGGGGAUGGAGCCGCUGGAGGAGGAGAUCCCGCACGAGGACAUAAUCGGUCGCGAUUACUGCCGUUAUAACAUAAAACGUCUGAUGACGCCUUAAGCUUGGAAUCCUCUCGGCGAACAUCCCGAAACGCAAAUGAUCGAAUGAUCGGAGCAGAAAUAAAGAGCGAGAGAGAGAGGACGAAAAAGAAGAGAGAGAGAGAGAGAGAGAGAGAGAGAGAGAAGCAAUCGAAAAAGGAAGGAAAAAGCUCACUGCCCUAAUAGAGAAAUAAAACUCAUCCUUUAUAUCUUUACCCUUCAAUUUUGCGAUUCCUUGCAUUUCUCAAAACGGACGAUGUCCGUUACACAUACUAUAUGCAUACUCUCUCUCUCUCUUUCUCUCUCUCUCUCUUACUCCUUUCGAUCCUUCUCGACGUUACUCAAGAUUCUCAUCUUUGUACGUAAGUAGAUAGACAAACUCGAUUUCCGCCAGAGAUCCCGAAACUGUGAGAUAUGAGUGUUUACGAAGGACAUCCAGACGGCCAGUGAAACGUUUAGUACCGUGACUAAAGGUAUCAAACCGCGAAUAAGAGUUGCAAUUAAAUCACUCAAGCAUUGUCAAGUUAUUUCUUUACAGGUAAAAUAAGAUUUAACUUGCAAGUUUUAUUUCUGUCUUUUAGUUUUUAUUGAUCGAUAUGUUU